AUGCUAGAUUAGUUAGACAUCUUUGGUAGUUAAAUUUUCCUAAGAUUUAACAAAUAACAAACAUAUAACACAAGACUAGGUACAUAUGUUACCCUCAUAAUAUACAUACUUAUCUUUUACAGGCUAUUCGGACUAAUUGUAGAUGUAGUUCAAAGAAAUAAUCCAGAGGUUAUCUACAACGAAAGAUAAGUUGAUGAUCCCGCUGUAUUUGAAGCAUCUAGUAAAAGUUUUCCCAUGGCAUUUGCAAUGGAAAAUCAAGAUAAUUUUAAUUACUAUAUUGAUGAAAGUAUCUAUACAGUCUCUGCUUUUUGGAACUAAAAGAUUUUAACUUUCAAUGAGACUUCUUAAUAGUACGUUUCUACUUUCAAUUAGGUGAGCAUAAAUGUCUAACCUUGCACUAUUGAAAAUUUCUAAAAUCAUGACAACCAAAAAUACUAUCUUAAUCUUAACUAUACUAAUAUGUACUGUCUAUCUCCUGAUUUUGUGUUGCCAAUUUAAGGGGACUUUCCUUCUUAAAUUUAUUCAGAAAUUCAGAUUACAGUUAAGAAGUGCGCUAAAAAUUGUUAAUCCUAAGAAAUUUUAGAAAAGUUUCUUCAAAAGUCUAGCUUUGGUCUUUAGAUAUCUGACUCCUAUGUAGAUCCAACUAUUAGUGACAAUCCAUUCAAAAUUUACUCUAGAGAUAUGUUUUGGGCUACUAGUACUGAACUCCCAAAAGAUGCUAACGUUUACAUCCGUAAUAAUUAUGUUUAUAGUGAUUUCGGAUGGUUUUUUCCUGAUGUGACAACUUAAAGAUUUCCUGCUUAUAGUUUUUCUGAAAGUUUUGAAUAUCCACCAUCGUUUUAGGAUUAUUUUCUUACCAUUUUUUUCAGAUUUGAAAAGUAAAAAGAGGGUGUCUAUAAAAGAUCAUACUAAAGAUUCAAUUCUAUUCUGUCUGAAAUUGGAGGAUUUACCUAGAGUUUUCUUGCUAUCGGUUAUAUCGUUUGCAAAAAACUAUCACAGACAAAGUUAGAUAUUGAAUUGAUUAACAAAGCAUUUAAAUUUGAAGGGAGUUUAAAUAUCAAAUAAUAAAAUGAGGAAAAAGAAGCAAAUAAAAGUAAGAAUGAAUAAUAAAAGUAGGGAAAUAAAAAAAAGCUAAAAAAGUCAAAGUAAAGUUAAGAAAAUAAAUAGAAUUCCAAAGUUAAUUAUAUUAGCAGUGAAAACAAAUAAAAACAGAUUAUCCCUUAAAGUCCCAAAAAAAAUAGUCCUAUUUAAUAAGAAUAAAAAUCAGAUAAAUUUUAUUGCAAUUUAAAUCAAGAAGAUGCUAUUUUGGAAUAAAACGAAAAUAAAAAAAGCAAUAAAUUAAAAAUUUCUUAGCUGAUGAUGAGCUAUUUUCAAGAUUAAAGCACAAUAUUAAAAAAAUCAGGUGGAAUAACAGAUAAUAAAGAAUAACAAAUUAACAACUUAUAAAGCAAAAGGUUUUCUGAGAAAGAGUAAGAGAAAAGCAAGAAAUAAGUUGAGGAUUAGUUCAAAAAGCACUUUGAUAAUGAAAUGAGUUCUAUGUAGCUUAGUGUUUGGUACAGAGAAAAGCUUUAUUAUAACAUUGAUAUAUUCAACAUCAUUCAUAAAUUAAAUGAGUUAGAAAAGUUAAAAAGAUUGAUUUUUGAUCAAGAUCAGCUCAAAUUGUUUGAUUACUUGCCAAAACCUACAAUCUAAACUGAUAUUUUUUUUACUUAAAAUUACAAAAAAGAAGAUAUAGAAAUUAACUUGCUUUAUCAAGAUAAUAGAUCAGAAUUAUAAAAGGCAAGUGAAAGCUUUUAAGCCUACCAAAAUAUAACUAAUAAAAUUGAUUAAUCCUCUUUAGAUCAAAAAUUAAUCAACUAACUGGAUCCUAAACUAAAAGAAAUGUUCAAACAGCUUAACGGAAAAGAUAAAAACUCUAUAAAACUCUCUUUAUACCCUUAAGCAUCACCUAAAAAUAAAACUUGCUAAUGA